AGACGCGCGGUCCUGAGAGGGUGGGGUUUGCGGCGCGCACGCCCCGGGCUCCGGCGCUCCUCUGGGUCUGCUCGUUGCGGCUUUGCGGGCACCGGGCCGGGUCCGCAGGCUCCGCACUGAUGGCCUCCGUGCUGUCCUACGAGAGUCUGGUCCAUGCCGUGGCCGGCGCCGUGGGAAGUGUAACAGCAAUGACAGUAUUUUUCCCCUUGGAUACAGCUAGACUUCGACUUCAGGUUGAUGAAAAAAGAAAGUCCAAAACUACACACAUGGUGCUGCUGGAGAUCAUUAAAGAAGAAGGCCUCUUGGCACCAUAUCGAGGAUGGUUUCCCGUUAUUUCCAGUCUCUGCUGCUCCAAUUUUGUCUAUUUCUACACUUUUAAUAGCCUCAAAGCAGUCUGGGUCAAAGGUCAACGUUCUACUACUGGAAAAGAUCUGGUAGUUGGAUUUGUUGCAGGUGUGGUGAAUGUGUUGCUAACAACUCCACUCUGGGUGGUGAACACCAGACUGAAGCUGCAAGGGGCAAAAUUCAGGAAUGAAGACAUUGUACCUACCAACUACAAAGGAAUUAUUGAUGCUUUUCACCAGAUCAUUCGAGAUGAAGGAAUCUUGGCUUUAUGGAAUGGCACUUUUCCCUCUUUACUGUUGGUUUUCAAUCCUGCCAUCCAGUUCAUGUUCUAUGAAGGUUUAAAACGGCAGCUUUUAAAAAAACGGAUGAAGCUUUCUUCUUUGGAUGUGUUCAUCAUUGGUGCCAUAGCCAAAGCAAUUGCCACUACAGCCACCUAUCCCAUGCAGACAGUACAGUCCAUCCUGAGGUUUGGCCGUCAUAGAUUAAAUCCAGAAAACAGAACAUUGGGGAGUCUUCGAAAUGUUCUCUAUCUUCUUCACCAACGAGUAAGGCGUUUUGGAAUAAUAGGACUGUACAAAGGCCUUGAAGCCAAACUGCUGCAGACAGUCCUCACUGCUGCUCUCAUGUUCCUUGUUUAUGAGAAACUGACAGCUGCUACCUUCACAGUCAUGGGACUGAAGAAUGCACACAAGCACUGAGGCUCCUUGAAAGUGCAGAAGCUUUUCAAGAUGGGGGGUUUCCUUCCAAGCAAGGAGAAGCUAUUCUCCUUUCACCCAGGCUCCUCCCUCUACGAAGAUUACUCUCGUUGGCUUGAAAAACUUCUAAGGGUAAAUAGAGUAACCAGCUGGACCUAUCACCAACUUAAUUUUUAUGAUGGUUGGUUGGAUUUGGGUGAAGGCUGGACUAAUAUGAACAGAAAACAUUAUUGAAAACUUAAAAACGAAAGUUUGUGGCAAUUUAUUGGUUUUCUUAAGAGAGUGGACUAUUGCUUUCAUUUGUAAUCUUUUCCAUUUUC